CCGCUGGUUGGCGGCGGGGGGACACGUGAGCGGGGAGGCGGCGGCAGCGGCGGCAGCGGCGUUAGCGGGAGUUUCCCCGACAGCUGGAGGUUGCGGCGGCGGCUCCUCCUCCCCGGGUCCCCGCUAGAGCCCAGAGACCCCCCGCGCUCCUCCUUAUUGACAAACGCACAAAGGGCCGCGCCGGGGCCGGGCCGGGACGCGUCUGGAGCCGGCAUGGGAGACAAGAAGAGCCCGACCAGGCCGAAGCGGCAGCCGAAACCCUCCUCGGACGAGGGGUACUGGGACUGCAGCGUCUGCACCUUCCGCAACAGCGCCGAGGCCUUCAAGUGCUUGAUGUGCGACGUGAGGAAGGGCACCUCCACACGGAAACCUCGGCCUGUCUCUCAGCUGGUUGCACAACAGGUUCCUCAGCAAUUUGUGCCCCCUACACAAUCAAAGAAAGAGAAAAAAGACAAAGUAGAAAAGGAAAAAAGUGAAAAGGAAACAACAAGCAAAAAGAACAGUCAUAAGAAAACCAGGCCAAGGUUGAAAAAUGUGGAUCGAAGUAGUGCUCAGCAUUUGGAAGUUACCGUUGGAGAUCUGACAGUCAUUAUUACAGACUUUAAGGAGAAAACUAAGUCACCACCUGCUUCCAGUGCUGCUUCUGCAGAUCAACACAGUCAGAGUGGUUCUAGCUCUGACAACACAGAGAGGGGAAUGUCCAGGUCAUCUUCACCCAGAGGAGAAGCGUCAUCACUGAAUGGGGAAUCUCAUUAAAGUUUAUUUCCUCCUGUUUCUUUAGUCUCUUCAAAACAUGCAAAUACAUAACUUCUGUCACUUGUUACCACAUUUUCAUGACAGAUUAGUCAUGCAUAAUUGAUCUGUCGACUGGAACAUACAAUGCAGUUUAAAAAAAGAAAGAAAAAAAGUGCAGUGGUAGAAACAAUAACAGCAUGAAGCUGAGUCAGGGGAGGUUUAGGUUAAAUACCACAAAAGGUUUCUCACCCAGAGGGUAGUUGGGCACUGAAACAGGCUCCCCAGGCAAGUGGUCACAGCACCAGCCUGACAAUGUUCAGGAAGUAUUUGGACAAUGCUCUCAGGGCUCGUGGUGUGACUAUUGAGGCUCUCUUGUGCAGAGCCAGAAUUUGGAAUUGAUGGUCCUUUUGGGUCCCUUCCAACUCAGCUUAUUGUGUGAUUCUGUAAUAAUUUAAAUGCUAACUACAAAUGCUUAUGAAGCAUCUUCAGCUUUUUAAUCUACAUGUGUAAGGGUGCCAUGAAAAUGUGGUUUGAAUGUUCAUUAUGCAGUGUUAUUGGUAUGUCCAUUUUCACUUUUAGUUGAGUGAAUUCUAACACAACUCUUGGAGUCUCUACUAUUGGCAUGUACUGAAUUUAAAUUUUUAUAACAUAGUUCAAGCUGCCUAAAUAUGUAUUAUUUGAGAUUUGUGAAACAUAGUUAUAUGUAUGCAAGUCAGAGAUCAACUUAAUCAAUUAUUGCUGCAACAGAAUUUUCAUAAUAAUAAUUAUCUUCUUAAAAACACCUGCUGGUACUUGGUGUGGUUAAAUAGGAAAAAUGUUAUUAAAGAAAACAUUUGUAUGGAUUUUUGCCAAUGUUUGACACAUUUUACUAGAUUACUGUUACUGAAUUAUGUUGAUGGUUUUACCAAUAUUUUUUGACACUUAAAACACUUAUUGUAAUGUUUACAAGCAAAAUAGAAAACACAUUCUAAGCAUUGAUUAGUUAACCUUGCAAUUCAGGUAAAGUACUGCUUUGUCACUGUACACUGGUAUUUUGUGUUGUGUAAUGAAUACUGAACCUCAGAUGGUGAUGCAUUUGGCAAAAACUAUUUGAAAAUAUGAAAGUUUGGAAAAGCUUUAAAAAGAACAGAACUACAGUUCUCAUUUCUGCUUAGUGCUGUUUCCUUGCCCCAGAUUUUUCUAGUGUCACAUAGUCGCUUAUCAUUUCAGUACAGGAAUAUCAGAUGUUGCACAAAGAUAAGGAAAUAACAAUGCUAUUAUUUUUUUUUUGUUCCUGAAUCAGUUUCUUUAAUAUUGAAUUGGCCUAUUAGAAUAUAUUAUGUCAUAAAUAAUUUGAAAAAGACUCAUUAUCCUACUUUAUGGCAUAAACUGACAACAUUUACGCACUUAGCAAUAUACUGAUCAAGAGCAGAGCUAUUUACAAUACCAUCCGGUAUUAUGUAAAAUUACCAAUAAAAUAUUUUUGUGAAUACAAAUUUUGCAUUUUUGUUUACAACCAAUAAGUGUUUUGAUACAUACAUACAAUUCAUGUAUAGAUUUUAAAUUAUAUACUCUGGUUCAGUACAAAAGUCCAUUUAGCUCCUUUUAGUGAGGUAGGGCACUUACACUCCCGUGAGCCUUUUCUUUUUCAUUCAAAGUAAAUAUAUUUUUAAGCCUAUGUGGAAGUUGGAUGGACCUUCUUGGUAGUGAAUCCAGCCCCAAAUUAUUACCCACAUAUGAUAUGUCUUCUUAAAGGCUUAAAAACAAUGGAUUUUUGUAGCCCCUGACAAUUGUGAUGUUUGGUGGUUUCUUGUAGUAAUGUAUUUUUCUGUUUUUAAUGCAGUACUUCUACAGGCACAAUGGUACUGUUCUAUUUUGUAAGAUGCUAGUUGUGAAAUACAGUUAGUUGCAUAAAAUGAGAGUCUGAUGUGAUAUCUGAGAACAUACAUACCUCAUUCCUUGGUGUUGCUGUUUAAAAUUUUUAGACAUCAAAUGUUAAUUAUAGGCUAUUUCAGAUGGAUAACUACUGACCUGUUUAUUAUGUAUUCUGCUUUAUCUUACUAAAUAGAAUGUCUGUUCAUUGCUGUUACCUGGCCAAAUUUAGUAUCUGUAAAACAA